AUGGUGGAUGCAUCAAUCGCUCAGGAAUCAACCAAUCCAUAUUUUCAUGAUAAACGUGUUCGGCGGCAUUUAAUCGAAGCUUGUCAAAUCAAUAGACGAGGAAAUAUUUUGCCGAAAACAACGUAUGAAGUUAUUCUCGCUGAACGAGUUAAACCAAAACAUAUAAAAGCGCGACCAUUAGUCAAUGUGACAAACUAUGUAAUCGAAGAAGAGAAAAAACAUCGAUUUACUGUUCAUAAGGAAUCUAAUACAAACAUUGGUCGCUCUCGUGGAUGGAUGUCAACAAGACCGCAAAAGCAGCACGUUAUGGUCAAGAUUUCUACUCACAACGAUGGGAAUAGAAGAAGUGAAAGCGUUCGACCGUUAACAGCACGAAGUCCGAAACGUUCAGUCGGACGAAUGAAAUCAGCCCAUCGAUCACCAACAAAUGUAAAAACUGGAUUAGUUCAACGCUCGAUCUCUGCAAAAAUUUCAAAUGAUCAAUACUGUCGAGUAACAAUGAUCUACUAUGGUUCACAACUAAACCAUGAUCGGCAUCGAUCGAGUGGAGAUGAGAUCGUUAUCAUGCAGCAGUAUUCAGACGAGGAGAAUCUUCUUGUGUUCAAAGGUUUUGUCGUACCCAAUGAAAUCUUUACCUUCGAGUCGUGUCGUCAUCCAGGCUAUCCAUUUGUGUUGAGCUUGUACAUCAAUAGUUAUAUUGAUAGUCGGAUAUCUGUUUGUUGUGAAAAUAAAUAUAAAGAUAAUGUUCGAUUGUGUGGCAGUCGCGGUUCAUUCGGAAUCUACAGUGUACAAAAAGCCAAGCCGUGCUCACGUUGUAUAUUUGAGGAAUAUAAGAAGAAAGUAAUAUCACCGUCAACCAAUACUACUACUCGUUCUCGUACGAGAUCAGCUCGUAAAUCAUUGAGUCCUGCAUCGAAAGGUAAUGGAAGAUGUUUGUCGAAUUCUGUAGGCAAAGAAGAAAUAUCGAAAUCCCGACGUAAUUAUGCUUCUAAAAAGACUACACGAAGAUCGAAAACACUUGGUCGUAAAUCGUCGUCAUCGCCAAAGCGAAAGAAGUCCAAUAAGUUGACGAGUAAUUCUAUGAUAACGCUUGAAACUAAACUUAACUCGUACACCGUCGAUGGACAAUUACAUAAUCCAAGAAAAAUUAGCUACGAAAACUCAUUAAAUUCUCGAGAAGAAUCUCGUCCAUCAACACCAAUGAUUCCGAAUGGAUACGGAUAUUACCGUUGCUCAUCACAGUCACUAUCUUCUUCGGCAUAUGACAACAAUCAGCAACUAACCAUUCAAAGUCGACCGUUCAUUUCUCCACUUGAUCUCUCAGACAAUGAUGAGCGUCAUUCAAUAAACGAGGGUUCCUUCCAGAAUGCUCGACACCGAAAUGCAAGUGGACAAUCAACGGCAACGUCACCGUCGAAUACUUCAAACUCUACAUCGAUUCCGAAUUUCAGUUAUGAGAAUGACAGUAUUACUGCAAAACAAUACAGUCUAUCACCUUCAUCAUCACUGUCCUUAUCGCACGAAGGACAGAACUCAGACUCAUCAGAUACCAUCGGUCGCGAAGAUAACAACCGGCAAAAUGUACGUUCGAUGUCAAUUUCAUCAACACAAUCGAAUGUUGAUAUGAUUUGCAAAGAACUUCAACAUCAUAAAUUAUCAACUUCCAUGACUCACGAUAAACACAUCGGUCUGAAAACACUGAAAUAA